UUACAGAGAAUGUAUGUAGUAGUGGAUGUGCCCUUAGUAAAGAUGGCUACGUCAGAUUCGCAUAAUAUAGUAGAUACAAUACAAGUCUCUGCCAGGGGAGGAGGGAUCCUGGAAAUAGUAGCAUUGUCGGUUCUUCUCUCUUGCAGGCUGUCAGCUUGCCAUCAGGAUGGGAUCCCAGCAAGAUGUGCUUACAGAUACCACCAAGCUGGCUUCCUAUACGAUGGUCCUGCAGGUUUUCUUCAGACUCCUGACUUUUGCUUUAAAUGCCUUCACACUGCGAUAUGUCUCCCCGGAAACCAUUGGUAUCGUAAAUGUUCGGCUUACCCUCUUUUACACCACCAUAGUGUUCCUCGCUCGGGAAGCCUUUCGGAGAGCCUGUCUGAGCCACUCCGCACAGCAGAGCUGGAGACACACCAUACACCUCAUCUGGCUGGCGGUGCCAUUAGGAAUCUGUUGGUCAUUAGUCUUAGGGUGGAUAUGGCUGAGAGUACUGGAGGUCCCAGACCCAGAGAAGAUCCCACACUAUGGCACAGGAGUUGUGGCAUUUGGAGUGUCUGCAGUGAUUGAGCUCCUAGCUGAACCAUUCUGGGUGCUUGCACAAGCUCAUCUCUUUGUCAGGCUAAAGGUGAUUGCUGAGAGUCUUGCAAUAAUUCUGCGUUGCUCCAUAACCAUUAUCCUGGUAAUCCUUCACCCUCACUGGGGCCUCCUCAUCUUUUCACUGGCUCAGAUCCUGUACACCAGCCUGCUUGCCCUGUGUUACAUACUGUACUUCGCAACGUUCCUGGGCUCUGAGGAAGCAAAGAAGAAAUCUUUCCCUGUCCGCAGCAUGAUGGAAUUUUUGCCCCGAUACUCUGCAUCUCAGGACUUCCUGGAUUGGAAACAGGCCUGGCUAGCAUGGAGCUUCUUUAAGCAGUCGUUUCUGAAGCAGAUCCUUACAGAAGGUGAACGCUAUGUGAUGACCUUCCUAAAUGUACUGUCAUUUGGAGAUCAGGGGGUUUAUGAUAUUAUAAAUAACUUGGGCUCGCUGGUGGCACGCUUCAUCUUCCUGCCCAUAGAAGAGAGCUUCUAUGUGUACUUCUCCAAGGUCCUGGAGAGAGGGAAAAAUGUUGGGAGCCAAAGAAAGGACGAGAUCUCUGCCGCUUCCGAAGUCCUGCAGUCACUGCUGAAACUGGUGACCCUGAUUGGCCUGAUUAUUAUUGCGUUUGGCUAUGCGUAUUCCCAGCUGGCAUUGGAUAUUUAUGGCGGGUCCAUGCUGAGUGGAGGCUCUGGUCCUGUCCUUCUGCGCAGCUACUGCCUGUAUGUACUUCUGCUCGCCAUCAAUGGAGUCACAGAGUGUUUCACCUUUGCUGCAAUGAGUAAGGAGGAAGUAGACAGGUUUAACUAUGUCAUGUUGGGUCUCUCGCUGAGUUUUCUCUGCCUCUCCUACUACAUGACUCUUUGGUUGGGUAGUAUUGGAUUCAUCCUGGCAAACUGCUUCAAUAUGGGCAUGCGGAUUACUCACAGUCUCCUCUACAUUAGGAGAUAUUACAAGGAGAGCCCUUACCGACCACUCUCCGGACUUGUCCCAUCCUCGGCAGUUCUCUGUGUUCUGGCUGUCAGUGUUGCAGUGACUGGGUACUCGGAGAUGAUGCUGUGUUGUGACAUGGGCUGGCCGUCCCGUCUGGCUCACAUCGUGGUCGGAGCCUUCUGUCUCUUCCUCUCUUUAGCUGCUCUUGUCCUGUCAGAAAGAAAACUUACUAAUUUCAUACAUAGUCAGUUCCUGAGCAAACAACCAAAGAAGAAGGUGUAGCAGAGCAGAACGACAGACCUGCCUUGCAAUCACCAUACUACCAGAGCCAUUUACUGACUCCCUUCUUACGCGUGGAAUCACCAUACUACCAGAGCCAUUACGGACUCCCUUCUUACGCGUGGAUGGCUGAAUGUACAGAGUACCGUGAUUAAUAAAACAAAGAUGACAAUAGGGAGCGUAUAUAGAAAGGGGUAAAUAAAAGACAACGAGUAUACUGGCCAGUAUUCAUGAACACUGUAAAGUAAUGACUCAAGAGAGGUACACACAUUUCUGAUCCUCAGCUAACCGGGAUAAAAAACGUUCCCGAUCAACCAAGCAGUGUACCCAGCGUCACCCCCCUGUGAGAGGCAGCAGCAGAGCUGGAAGCAAAAGAGAGGCGGCUCCUCUAUGGGGAUCGGGAGGUCGGAUGUGCAGCACAUAAGAUGUGACCUCCUGAUCCCAUCCGUUGCAGGAGGGGUAUAAGCCGUUUAUCGGCUAACGUCCCUGCAUCAGGACUGCAUACGCACCUAUACAAUCAGCUGCUGUUCACCCGAUAUCAGGAGAAUGGGCCGAUGGUUGUAUAGGUGUGUACCCCAGAUUAUAUGAUUGUGAUGGUAAUAAAGCUCUCUCAUUACACAUCUGAGACCAUUAUUUUUGGGCUAUCGGGGGGUAAUUCAGACCUGAUCUCUCGCUAGUGUUUUUUGCAGCGCUGCGAUCAGGUCAGAACUGCGUAUGCUCCGCAAUGCGCAGGCGCAUUGCUCGGGUACAAAGCGGAUCGUUGCUGUGCGAUGGGUUUUACGAAGAAUCCAUUCGCACAGCCGAUCGCAAGAAGUUUGACGGAAAGAAGGCAUUUUUGGGUGUCAACUGACAGUUUUCUGGGAGUGGUUGGAAAAAUGCAGGUGUGUCCAAGCGUUUGCAGGGCGGGUGUCUGACGUAAAUUCCGGUCCCGGACAGGCUGAAGUGAUGGCAGCGGAUGAGUAAGUCCUGGGCUAGUCAGAAACUGCCAGAUCUUUUUGUAGUGCUCAGCUGCACAUGCGUUCGCACAUUUGCACAGCUAAAAUACACUCCCCUAUAGGCAGCGACUAUCUGAUCGCAGCGCUGCAAAAAACUGCUAGCGAGCGAUCAGGUCUGAAUUACCCCCUUUGUGCCUUAGUAAUGUCACUAGUUCUUAUUAAAUUGGCUGCUGCCUUCUGAAUACUGAUGUAACGCAUAUACUGUAUGUAGCCGCCACUAUGUCUAGAUGACAAGUCUAAAAAUGUUUCUCUGAUGAAGGAGCUUGAUAUCUUGCGAUCUAGAACGUGGACGUACAGAGCUUGUGUGGCGGAUAAAAUCCAAUGCUCGAGAUUCAGCACCAAAGGAAUAUUUGUAUAUGUGGGCGUUAGUAAUUUAUUAUUUUCAUUUUUACAGCUUUCUGUAUAUAUUGAUGAUUUUUAUGUUAAUAAAUUGUUAUACAUGCAUUGUUUUCUAAAAAAAAAAAAAAAAAAGUUAUCUAAAAUAAUGAGAGAAGUUUUAUCCAGUGGAAAAAACAUACACAUGUGCAGUAUCAAUAAGUGAGUAAACUAAUUAUUUAUGUUUCAAUUGUUAAUAUGAUUUUAAUGGACAAAAACAGGCAUAUGUUCCAUGCAACGUUACUGUACGUACAUAUGAUCGGUGCUAGCAGGACAGCUUAGCGUGCAGGUUGUGAGGUUAGUGAGCCAUGAAUGGAUUACUAUAUAGCAGGGGUAUUCAACAUGCCCGAAUAGCAAACUUUUGGCAUGUCAUGCUGGGAAGUGUAGUUUCAUUGCAAGAGAGCUGCAUGUUGAAUUGUUAAAAUGUCAUCACAUACUACAGCAGUAACUAAAUUGGUGAAACAUUAUAAAAUAUAUAGAUAAUACCGAGCUAAAAGGCUAAGGAGUUCCUUUCAGAAUUGGUGUAACAUGCGCAGUGAAUUAACUAAGAGAGUUAUAAAGGCCAAAUAAAACCAGUUUACGAAUGUUAAUGUAAGCUUUCUGUGACCAAUUAAAUCCACUUUUAUUUUUCUAUUGUA